UCCGAAGAAUAUCCACGAAAAUGGGAGGAGCUGGGGAAAAAACAGCCAAAAAACUCGUGACUGCAGUGCUAGUAUCCAAAAUAGCCUAUGCGGCGAGAUUCUACCGGCUCACGAAAACCCAUCUUUCCAGAUUUAAAAGCAUGAUCAACGGAGCAAGAAAAGCCAUCUUUGGGCUCCCACGCCACACUUCGGCAGAGGAAGUAAGCAAGUGCAUCUUCCUCCCAGAACUCACAGACCUUAUGAACCAACAGAAGGAGGCUCAACUAUCCCGUCUACAACAUACAACCGAGGGAAGAAAAAUUGCUAAGUACAUGGGAAUCGAGAUACAAGAAGAGGCCCCCAUAUCGCCGAGCAAAGCGCCGUGGGAACUCAUUGACGUAACUCACGGGUGCAAACCUCUCCCAAGAAACAUGGACGCUGCGCGGCACAAGAAAAGACGAGAACACUACGCUCGCAUGCACAAGAAGGAGCUGGCUAAGCUUGUUGAGGACGAAAAAAACAUGAUCGCCUAUGUGGACGCCAGCAUCUCCUCUAUGGGUUGGGCAACAGCAGCCACAUACAUCCAAGGGAAUGCGACCUGGACAGAGACUCAAGGUAACCCUCGAGGCCGCCACACGCCGGGCUUCGCCGAACGGGAGGCGGUGUUGCAAGCCAUCCGAGGGGCAGUACCCCAUCUACAAGACGAACAGCAGCUAAUCGUCUAUACCGACUCGCAAGACACCAUCAGAGAACUCAAGAAAUACAGGUCCUCUUCUAGCCCCACCAUUGACGCUAUCUUCGCCUUCGCAAUCUCACUAUACAGAUCCAAGAAAAUUCAAAUUAAUGUCAAGUGGACUCCCGGGCACGAAGGCAUUUCGGGCAACGAGCUAGCCCAUGAGGCUGCACAGCAGGCGAUGAGGAAUCUCACACAACCGUCCCUGUUGUCUCAGUCCUCCACGGCAGGCUCAACACCACAGCAACAAGACUCUGAGCUUCCCCCAUACGAUCCAAGGGAGGAACUCAGGUUAGCCCAGAAGACACGAAAACAUCUUCUGGCAAGAUCAUGGACCCCAGAACAACAUCCUCUCCCUAGGGAAGAAUUCAAGAGAAAAGAAUCGGUGAUCCUCCGCCGCAUACGCACAGGAGGAGCAGUCACACCCAGGUUCAGAUACCAAAUGGACCUGGCAAGACUUAAGAAACAACAACCCUACGCUGUCCCUCCCGACCCCAGAUGCCAGCGGUGUCAAGCCGAGGAAUCCAUUCCCAGACUUAAACACAUACUCUGGGAAUGUGUGGCCCUCUCCACCCUCAGAACACUCAUCUUCAGUAAGAUGGCGAAUGAUGAAAGACCUUCAAAACUGCAGGACUGGACGCACCCAGCGGGCGACACCUCACGCAAGACCAGGAUCCUCAGAUCUCUCUUAGAGUAUAUUUCUGAGGGAGACCUGGGAAACUCCAUCUAACACCUUUAACCGAGGAGACGAUGCCAAGCCUUGAGGCCACCGCGUCAUGAAAACUUCGAGUCUCCAGAGAUAUAUAUUUUUCUCUUUAAAUAAACGUAUUCACCACCACCA